AAAUUCAGUCACACCACGGCCAGCGCGCAAUCAAGUACAGAAAAGCCAGGAGCAAGCGAGCUGCGAUACAGAGAGGUCCUUCGUCUGCAACUGACCACGAGAGCUGAGCAAGAAGAGCCUCUAUCUAUAUUUUUUUUUGCUGUUUGUACAAUUGAAAAGACUUAAAUUUAGUGAUUGUCCAGUGAAUAUUUGCGAGCGCCACAGCGAUGACAACAGAAUGCAACUCUCUGAUGGGAAACCACAUUUAAUUAACUAAAACAACUCACAAUAACUAGUGAACUAAGCAAACACAAUCCAGGAUGUCGGACCAGCAGAAGGCCUCCCUCUGUCCCCGUUUGGUGGACUACAUGGCCAUUGUGGGUGCACACACGACGCCUCCGAUGCCAAAAGGACUGCAAGGACUCAAGGCCCCGCCGGUGCAGGUUCCCGAUCUGCUGCGUCGCUAUCCGCCGUCGGAUCACGCGGACUUCCCCCUGCCUUUGGACAUGGUGUACUUCUGCCAGCCGGAGGGCUGCACCAGCGUGGGACCGCGACGCACUGGCUCCGCCAUCCGGGACAUGACCUCCUUCGUGUUCGCCCUGACCGACAAGGACUCGGGCAAGACGCGCUACGGGAUAUGCGUGAACUUCUACCGGCCCAUCGAGCGUCCCAGUUCGGUGGCGGGUGCGGCGGGAGCGGGCAGCGAUCGUCCGGGAAACGGAGGACCCGGCGGCCAUGGCGGCGGCGGCGGGGCAGGAGGAUCCGGAGGCGGUGGGCGGGGCGGAAGAAGAUCGUCGGCCUUUCGGAGGGAGUCGUGGCGAAAGAGCAUGGAACGCAGCUCGGAUUCGGCAUUUAGCAGCGACUACAGAAGUAACGUAGCGCCUAGCGAUUCGGACCGUGAACUGACAUCGCGUCGCGAUUCCGACCAGCAGCGGUUGCACUCGCAUUCGCACUCGCACCACCACCAACCGCAACCGCACCACCAGCAGCCACAGCAGCAGUCGUCGCACCACCCGUCAGCGGGUCCAGCGGUGCCCAAAUUGGGUCUGAUGGCUCCCUCGGCGGACUCCGAAUCCGGCGGCAGUCAUUCGCCAUCGCCGCGGGCAUCGCGAAAGAGGACGAAGCUGCGCAACCAGUCGCUCACCUCGCUGUGCAUCAUCUCGCAUCAUCCGUUCUUCACCACGUUCCGGGAGUGCCUCUUCAUCCUGAAGAAGCUCAUCGACGCCUGCAACGAGUCGUCGUCGCCGAAGAGGGUCGGUGCCUCGCAGAAGAUCAACCGGGACAAUGUGUGGACCGUGCUGACGGGUCAUGUCAGCGAGGCCACGCCCUCGAUCGUCCUGCAUGAUGUGCGCGAGAUCGAGACCUGGAUUCUGCGACUGCUCUCCACGCCAGUUCCUGUGCCGGGAUCCACGCGAGUCGAGGUGGAGGUGCUUUCGCCCACGGUGCACGAGCCACUGCUGUUCGCGUUGCCCGACCACACUCGCUUCUCGCUGGUGGACUUCCCGCUCCAUCUUCCGCUGGAGCUGCUCGGCGUGGAGACGUGCCUCAAGGUGUGGACCCUGAUCAUGCAGGAGAACAAGGUGCUGUUCCAGUCGCGUGACUACAACGCGCUCUCCAUGUCGGUGAUGGCCUUCGUUACCAUGCUGUAUCCACUGGAGUACAUGUUCCCCGUGAUUCCACUUCUGCCCACCUGCCUCAGCUGUGCGGAGCAGUUGCUUCUGGCUCCCACGCCCUUCGUCAUCGGAGUGCCCGCCUCGUUUCUGGUCUACAAAAAGAACUUCCGCUUACCGGAUGACAUUUGGGUGGUUGACUUGGACUCCACCAAACUGACGCCACCCACUGGUGGCUACGAGGAAAUACCACCGCUACCUGAGCCCGAGGGCACCAUUCUGAAGAACCACCUCAAGCAGGCAAUGCUAUUGAUGGAUGAAGCUGGACUUGGUGCACUUACCUCGAUGACGGCCACCAACACGGCGGUCUCCUCGCAACAGCUUUUGCCUUCGGUGCGGGACAGUCUUCAGGAGCCUCCAUUGCUUGGGGUGUCCCAGGUGCGACUGCCACUGCAGACACCGCCACACUCGGCGCAGGCCAGUCAGAGGAACUCGAUGUCCGCCCAGGGAACGAUUAGUUCCCGGCAGCCCAGUCCGAUGAACUCGCCGGCGCUGAAUCCAUUUGUCUACGGCACGGAUGUGGAUUCCGUGGAUGUGGCCACCCGAGUGGCAAUGGUGCGGUUCUUCAAUGCCCAAAAUACGUUGGCCAAUUUCGCGGAGCACACGCGCACCUUGCGAUUAUAUCCACGUCCCGUGGUCGCAUUCCAGAUAAAUAGUUUUUUGAGAUCGCGACCGCGAGCUUCGCAGUUCCUGAAUCAAUUCGCCAGGACGCAGGCGGUGGAGUUCCUGGCCGAGUGGUCAUUGACGCCCACGAAUGUGGCAUUCCUGCGGGUGCAAACGGGUGUGAUGGAUCCCAUGCAGGUGGGCGAUAAGCCCAAGUGGUUCGCCCACGCCCUCACACCGAUUCGAUUUUCGGUCUGGGACGAUGGAAGUUCACUGAACGGAGCCCUGCGAUCGCUGAAGCAACUGGAGUGCCAGCCGACCGAUGAGAGUGGCUCGGAUUCGGAGGGAGCGGACAGCAGCAGCUCCUCGUACAGUUCCCUCAGUGACUUCGUCUCGGAAAUGGCCUCAUCGGAUCUAUCGCCCAGUCUGCACGAUGUCUUUGGUUCCUACAAUCGACCGCAUGUUGUGCCGCAGACGCUCUCCUCGAAUUUGGAUCCCGCCCUGGUUUACCAUCCACCCAGCAAGCUGCAGUAUCCCGAGGGGAUUGCCGAUGCCGCGGCAAACAAGGAGGAGGAGGACGAGGAGCGAGCCGAUAGUCCGGUGUCCUCCUCCUCCAGUCGCUCGGAUCUCAGUUCACCGAGCUUCAAUCGCGACUCGGAGUUCGAUUUCCAACCGAAGGGUGGAUCCGCGACUGCUGGCGGUGGAGCGACUGCACCCAGCUUCGAGUUGGCCACACCGCUGGCCAUGCGGUUGGAGGCCACCAUCAAGAUGGCCAGCAUUGAACAGGAAUCGGAUGCGGGCCCCACAGUCGCGGCCAAGAGCAUAGCACCGCUCUCCAAACUACAAAGACAUCCCAGCGAUUCCGAGAGGCCCGAGAGAAAGAUUCCGCCUCCAUUAACGCCACCCGUUAAACAACCCGGAGUUAGUAACAUCUUGGCCCGAACCGGCAGUUCUGGCUCCAGUUCGAGUAGUCCUGGUCGCCAGAGUUCGCAGAGUUCGCUCUUCGAGAACUUCGCCUCGCACGCCAAGGAGCUGGUGAGGGAAACCACGAGGCAGAGCAGCCAGGAGGGUCUGUUGGCCCACGUGGACAAGCAUGCGCUGGACGAAGAUCUUGACGACAAAAUGCGUCAUACCUUCGAAAAGUUUACACUGCACGCAAAGAAGGCGGCUGGAGAGGCUUCGAAACAGGCGCUGGAGGUUUCGAAACAGGCAGCUGGUGUUAGCAAAAAUACCCUCGAGGAUCUCACCUACGUCGGCAAAUCAACGCUGGGGGAUCUCACCAAAACGGCCAAGGAGGCGGCCACCAAGAAGGGCAUCAUCAAGAUCGAGGAGCAUUCAACAGCGGUGGCUGUUCCGCCACCAAAGUCACCCGGUUCCCAACUGGCGACCCACAAACAGGUGCAACAAACCGGAGGCUCCGGCGGUGGCAACAACUUCUUCUCCUCCAUUGGAACGGAUUUCAAUGGCCUAGCCUCCUCCACAUCCACCAUGUUUUCGGGCAUGUUCGGUAAAAAAAAUCAACAAAAGCAGGUUCCUGUGCAACACAAACCAGCGAGUGUCUCUUCUGCAAAGGGCAAAACCGGCAUUAAUUUCGAUCCCUUUCCCGGACGAAAAGGACUCGUGGAGAGAACACCAUUGAUCAAACAUUCGGGUCCGCGGCAAACUCAGGAGGAACUGACUCGUCAGCAAAAUCAGGAGCGUUCGCACAGCAAUGCGGAGAACCAAACCUUCCUGAAGGACGUCACCAAUCAAGUUCUUGCCGGCGAAGGAGUCGGCUGGCUGAAGCUCAAUCGGUUCAAGAAGCUCAUGGAGGACGAGUCCUAUCGCACACUGGUCCUCAGCAAGCUGAACAAGACGCUGGACAAGAAGAUCGCCCCGGACGAUCAUAUUGAUGAUGUGUGCGUGACGAAACCCGUGUGGAAGGGUAUGCUGAAGUGCGUGCAGGCGAUCGCCGGCGGACUGGACGUUACCUUCGCGAACUUUGGCCUGGGCGGAAUGGCCUCCGUGUUCCAGCUGAUGGAGGUGGCCCACACGCACUACUGGAGCAAGGAGAUCAACGAGGGCAGCGACAUGUCCUCCAGCCUGCUCUCCAGCCACGCGGCCAGUCCGAUGGGCAGUCGGGAGAAUCUGCGAUCGCCGAGCUCCCCAAACGGUUCCCAUUCGGCGUUGGGCAGCGAGUGGGCAUCGCCGCAGGAGUCCCGCAAGAGCUCCACCCAAUUGCCGCACAGUGGUCCGAGUCCUGGAGCUCCGGUCAAUCGGAGGUUGUCCUCUGCUGACAGCCAGGAUGGCCAGUCCACGACGGAGAUGUUCAAGGACAUGCUGUCGCAGAAGAGAAGUGCCUUGAAGAACAUGCUCACCUCCUUCGACUCGGAUGCUGCCGGCUCCACGGGGGCGCUCUCCGUGGUCAGUUUGGGUGUCCGGUUGCCCUCCAGCUGCCGGUCCACGGUCUCAGACACCGAGUACGAAAAUACAACCACUUCAAAGGAUUCGAAGAAGAGCACUGGCAAUCUGUGGUCCGGAAAAUCAACGCUAAGUGCCGGAUUUCGUUAUACUGGCGGUCACCUGAUCAACACCUCAUCCUCACCUUCGCCGGACAGUCCAAGGGUUUACCUCUUCGAGGGACUUUUGGGCAAGGAUCGCCUGAACCUUUGGAACCAAAUGCAAUUCUGGGAAGAUGCCUUCCUAGAUGCUGUUAGCCAGGAAAGGGAUAUGAUCGGCAUGGAUCAGGGUCCCAUUGAGAUGAUGGAGCGCUACAAAUCGCUGAGCGAAUCGGAGCGCAAGCGCCUUGAACACGACGAGGAUCGCCUGCUAUCCACAAUGCUCUACAACCUGACGGCCAUUCUGGUGAUGUUAAAUGUCCCGAAGGACGAGAUCCGGCGCAAGAUUCGUCGACUUCUGGGCAAGAGUCACAUUGGCUUGGUUUACUCACAGGAGGUGCACAAUGUAGUUGAUCAGAUUAACAAUUUGAACGGCAAUGACAUUGAUUUAAAACCCCUGGGAUCGCGACUGCUACACCGUCAGAGCUUUACUGUCCAUCAGGGUACGGAUGUAAAUGGACCUCUGAGGUUUAUGGAAGUCCGGGAUGAUGGGCUAGUACUUCGAUCCGUGGAUGGCACCAUUGUGGAGCGCUGGUGGUACGAACGGUUGGUCAACAUGACUUACUCCCCAAAGACCAAGCUCCUUUGUCUGUGGCGCCGCAAUGGAGGUCAGACGCAAUUGCACAAAUACUACACACGGAAGUGCAAGGAGCUGUACAAUUGCAUCAAGGAGGCCAUGGAACGCGGCGGUACACCCACCAAUGUACCCGAACUGGGUGGCGAGUUCCCUGUUCAGGACAUGAACACGGGCGAGGGCGGCCUGCUGCAGGUGUGCCUCGAAGGUGUCGGUUUGUUGUUCUCCAACAGCAAGGAUUUCGAGUUCUUCGUGCGAUUGGAUCACAUUCGGAAGUGCUUCACCCAGAAGGGCGGCAUAUUUGUCCUGGAGGAGUACAAUCCCAAGACACGCAAUCUCAUCCAGCGGAAGUAUCAGUCGAGCAUGUCCGAUCAGAUUUGCUACUCGGUGCUGUGCGUUUUCUCCUACGUGGCCGCCGGUCAGGAUCAGAAGAAGAACCCAGUGGUUAUUACACCGCAAAUCCAGGACAUUCAUGCCCAGCAAAAGCAGAAGCACCAGCAGCAGCAGCAACAUCCGCCGCAGCAGCAGCAGCAGCAACACCAAGCAAACCAGCAGCAACAUUCUUCUGUGGCAGCCGCAACAGCCCCUUCUUCGUCAUCCAAGGAAGCUCCACCAGCCCAGGUGAAUCCCAAUCGGUUGUCGUCAGGUGGCAAAUCCCAGCCGGGAAGCAUAACCAUUCGACACACGGUGCCCAUGCAGAAACCCACUAUCACCAUGUCCACGGUGCAACCGCAGGCGCGUUUGCCCGCUCAGGUUGCAACCACCACCACCACAACCGUUACUCCGGCACCCGCAUCCGCAUCCGCAUCCGCUGCACCUGCUUCCACCACUUCCCUUCCCAAUCCCGGCAAGCUGCCGCAGUUGCCGCCGCGCGUUCCCUCGCAACCAUCAACGGAAAGUCUGGCCUCGAUCUCAUCGCCGCCGCCGAAAAUCCGGACGCCGAUGACCGCUCCGCCGGGACCGCCGCCGGCGAUACCGCCGCGUACGGGGGCGAUUGCCCGGAGCGGUUCGGUGCCCGCCGCCCGAUCGUUUGUGCGCCAGGCAUCGGCGAACUCGACACCGCCGCAGUAUACACCGCAACCGCCGCCGCCGUUUGUGAUACCCAAGCGGCACAGCGGGCUGGCCAGGGCGUCCACCAUGUCAUCAUCGUCAUCGUCAUCGGGAUCAUCGGCCGGAUUAUCGAUGGGAUCGUCAUCGGUAUCGAAUCAUCCCGGGCAUUCGCAGUCGCAGCAGCGGGCCAGCCAUGGCAGCUGUGUUGCCGCCGCUGUGCUGCAAUCAAUGCCGGAGUCGGAGCCCGGAUACGGUUCCGGUUCCGGUUCCGGUUCGAUAUCCGGUUCCAGUUCCGGUUCCGGUUCGGCAUCGGGCUCCAUUGCCAGCGCUUCGCCGCAGGCCCAUCGCAAACACUGACGAAGGAGUUCCUUCUUCAAGUUCGGAGGAGGAGGAGGAGGCGGUGGUGGCGGCGGCGGAGGCGGUGGAUCUGGGGGCGGGGCAAAUCCAGGAGUCGGCGGC